UUAAAUCAUUUUUUUAACUCAGGGAAUAGUGAGUUUUCUCCUGAUGAGGAUGCACAUGUUAUUGCUGAUUGUGUCAAGUACAUUCUGCGGGAGUUACCGUCAUCUCCAGUUCCUGCAUCUUGCUGCAAUGCCCUCCUGGAAGCAUUUCGAACUGAGCGUGUCAAUCGAGUCAAUAGCAUGCGGUCAGCCAUAUGUGAGACGUUUCCAGAGCCAAAUCGUCGCUUGCUGCAGAGGAUUCUUAUGAUGAUGCAGACUGUGGUUUCUCACAAAACUAAGAAUAGAAUGAGCACACCAGCAGUGGCAGCUUGCAUGGCACCUUUACUUCUUCGCCCACUUCUAGCUGGAGAAUGUGAGAUGGAAAGUGAUUUUGCAAUGGGCAGUGACGGCUCUGUUCAACUUAUACAGGCAGCUGCUGCAGCCAACCAUGCUCAAGCUAUUGUUAUCACAUUGCUAGAGGAGUAUGAAAAAUUGUUUGCGGAAGGCUCUGUAUCGCCUGAACUAUACUCCGACUCGGACGGUAGUGGAAGCGAGAGUGAAGAACUUACUGAUGAUGAUGAAAGCUAUGAGGAUGAUUCACAGGAGGGAUCUGAUGCUGAUACUGAUGAUGAUUUUGAACGUGAGUCCAGCCCAACAACCAGUGAGGUUGGUGAAUGUGAAGAUAGUAACAAGAGCUCUCAAGUUUCUAAAUCUGGUUCCAAGUCUCCCGAAGCAGACAGCGAAGCCAGUAGGUGCUUGCCUAGAAGUCCACCUCAUACUUCUAUUCAGCAUGAUCCAGUGGAAGGAAGCAAGAGUGUUCCAGUUCAAAGUAAUGAAAAUUCAAGGACACAAGGAAAUGAAUGUGGUGAACAAUUGGGAGCUGAACUGGCAAAGACAUCUACUUCCCAAAAGUCAAUAGAUAUACAAAGUAGAGUUGCCCAAAGCAUUCAGCGCCCUGCUCUGUGGGGGCGCUCUCCUGCCAAGAAGAACCUCUCGAUGGAAUCUAUCAAUGUCCCUCUUGAUGACGUGACUGAAGUCCAAAGGCUUGAGGUCACUAAAACUGACUUGCAAUCCAAAAUUGCAGAGCAGGCCAAGGGGAAUGCCCUUCUGCAAGAAAGUAUGGAGAAUCGAAAGAAUGCAUUGCGCGAGCGUCGUCUGGCACUUGAGAAGGAUGUGGCACAGCUUCAGGAGCAACUGCAGAAGGAAAUGGAGUUAAAGAAACUUCUGGAAGCUGGAGUCAACAUGCCUCUGGUCAUGUCACCCGCCUCUUCCGAUAUUGAUGGAAUGGAAGAGAUUGUGGAGAUUGGUCAAGCAGAGGAAGAUAUCAAUUCCAAACAGAGGGAUAAUGAUCUUAGACUGCAGCGUAAUGAACAAGGUGAACAAAAUUCCACACUUUGUCGUGAUGAGAGAAACCAACCUCAGCAAAGACUAAAUUAUCAAGGAAAAAACAGCGAUAAACAGAAGGAUGUGGAAACUAAUGCUACUUCACAAAAUCUUGAGAAGUCAACCAGAGAUGAGCAUCAGACUUGUUCAAACAAGGCAGAUUGUGACAAGGACAAGAAGCAUGAAUCUCAGUUAUCAGGAAAUAAACACCUACCUCAGAGUACGCAAUCAGAUUCAUCAAGCAGUCCCAAAUCUUCUGUGGCUUUGGUCACUUCCUCGUCUCUGGAAGCGGGAAUGGGCAAGGGGCCUUCGACCAGUGCCAGAAAAUCUGGUUCCACAAAUGAGGAACAUCGAACUCCAGCUACAAAUGAGCUCCUAAAUCUUGACAAAGGAAAUUUUGAUCAGCCUGUCCACAACUUUGAAAGAAGUGAAGGGUCUGAAUCUCACCACUCUCUGGACAAAUCUCCAAGUCAAACAUCUGACAAGAGUGGAUCAGAUAGCCAUCAAGUUCUUCGUGAACCAGAUCAAGGAACAAAAUCUUAAGUCCUUCCAAAUUCUGAAAGAGGAAAACCAGAGAGUUUUCCCAAGUGGGGUUGAACUCUGCUUCCUUCAAGGACAUAUUUGAGACGAUCACAUGAUUAUCAGAUAGAUGCUUGUGGACCAGAUAAGAAGACGAUGAGCAUGCUUUUUGCAUACGAUCUUGAUUGGUCCGUUGAGAACUGAUUGUGAUGCCAAUGUUGCCACAGUCGAAGUUCUGAGAAUUUGCCUCAGUCGAAGUUCUGAGAAUUUGCUGGGCCAAAUAUGUACAGGUCAUCCAUCAGCUGAGGUGUAAUGCAUUUGUUGCAGUGCCACUAAACCAAAUUUUGCUUGAUCUGACACAAAGCUGAUACUUUUGUUAUAGUUGUAUGUCCGGUAGAGAACGAAACAACUAUGCCUACUGGAUUAAGGUGUAAAAUUUUCUUGCAACACUUCUUUCGAGUGUCAAUUAGAGGAAUGGUGUCCCUGAAGUACCUAAGAUAAGAUAGUUUUGUUUCCAUUCAACUGUAAAGAAAGUUGGAUGCUUCCACACUAGAGAAUUUUUGGAAGACAUGAUUAGUUAGGUUCCUGGUUAUUGCCUCAAAUUUAUUGUUUCAAGCCGUUUAAGUUUGCCAAUCCUGUUCACCUUUCUAGGUUGUUUUGGGACAUCCAAGGUCGACACAGGGACUUAUUUUGCACCUUUUGUGUUAGAAAGAAAAAGAAUACCUUCUUAUAUAGAUAAUUCAGUACGUUUGAUAGGAGAUAAGAAGAGUCCAUAAACACAUUAUGCAUGUUCUUAAGCAUCUUGACGAUUUAAUGAAAUGAUUAUCUGACAUAAAAAUCCAAUUUAAUUUACUGCAUCCGAUCACUGCUCAGAAAGUGAAGGGGACAUUGGAAAAACUCCAUAGCUCAGAAAUAUCAAUUGGUGGUUACUUGGGUUCUUCGCUCCUCUUUCUCUGUUGCUAGGAUAGGAUAGUUCUAUAAACUGCUCUUGCAUACUGCCUCCACGCCUCCACCCCACAAACCUAGCAGUAAAGCUCGAUAUGAACCAUGGCUACAUUAGUUGUGUUCCCAAUACCCGCGCCAAUGCCACCUGCUAGUUGUGGGGUCCAUCCCAUUGGUUGGCAAUAGCCUUAUGCCUAUUGUGCCUAUACUAUGGUAGAGAUCUUUGGUCAAAGAUCUUACUUGGAGCCAAAGUUUAGAUAAGUGGACGAGAUUAAAAAUGCUUUUGUAGCACACUUGGAGCGAACGACUCUUUUUUCUUAUAAAAGGAGGACCUCUUUCACUUCUUUAGUCACACCAACAAAGAGAGAAAGAAAGACUGAGGCAUCACAGACAUGAUAAAAGAAAAUAGUGUGUGAAGAAAAUAAAAAGUGUGAGCGAUAUAGUAGUGAGGUGAAAAUAUCAAAAGAGGGUUAUUUUUUUUUUGAGUAUUGUAGUGGUUUUUAUAGUAUUUUACUCGGGCUUACAAAGUAUAAAAUUCCUUAUUAUAGUGAUAUCAGUUGCUCCUCUCAAGGUCGUGGUUUUUUUUCCUUAUUCGGAAGGGUUUUUCACGUAAAAAUCUUGGUGUUGUUAUCGCUCUUUUAUUAUUGUUGAUAACUGUAUCUCGGUGCUACGUUAUUAUACCGCUUUAUUACCAUGAAUAUUACUUCUGUGUGGGGUUUAAUCCCAACACUAGUAACCCUGCAGCUAUCUUGCGUCCCAUCUUCUUUUGUUUGAAAACAUCCAAGUCUGGUAGUGGAGUAUAAUGUUUCGCGUACGACUGUGGAGGAUAGGAACACCUUCUGUUUGGUUAUUCCAACAGAGUUAAACGGGUCCAGUCCUAACAGAUAGUUGCGGCUCUGAUUGAGAUUUCUUAAUGUUGUAUUGUUGAUAGUUGGACUAUUGAAAGCGAGAGCAAGACGAAGAGCGUAAACUUGUGGAUUGAUGAUUGGUUUAGGAACAUGGUUUUCUCCUUGAGCUGAUAGCAACUAAUGAAGCAAUACCACCUUCAAUAAAUCCUUUCAAACCCA